AUUCAAUACAGCUUCAACAGUCAUUCAAACCAGAGCUUUAGUCAAAGAAACGAAACCUGAGCUGGAUAGGACAGAUAUCACUUUACCACAGAACAUGGAGGACAGUGUGUCAUCACCUGACAUGUCCGUGGUAGAGAAUUCAGAGGUCCAGACAGAAAGUAGAAAAGGAACUUUUCUCUACCCAGUGGAUAAAUCUCCUCCCCUCAUCUCUCUGCCGAUUCAUGGAUUACAGGAGGCUAUUCUUAGCAUUUCUGGUGUAUUGUCAUCUUCUGUCAUCCUUGCCAAUCAGAUCGGAGCUGGUGAUUUACCGGAAGAGAGAUCACAGAUCAUAAGUCUGUUCCUUUUCACAAGUGGCAUUGCGAGUUUAUUACAGGUCUGCAUGGGGUGUCGAUUACCAGUCAUUCAAGGUCCUAACUCGUCAUAUCUCAUUGCAAUUGGUGCCAUUUUCAGUGCCCAAAGAUGGAGUGAUGAAUCUCUGGUUCAGGAUGGAUCUGCGAAUGUCACCUCAUCUACCACCUGGAAGAUCCGAAUGAGAGAGAUCCAGGGUAAUCUGAUGCUGGCGUCUGGAGCUCAGUUCCUUCUGGGAGUCUCGGGAGCUCUGGGGUUCCUCCUCCGGUUCAUCGGUCCUCUGACAGUGGCUCCAACCGUACUUGUCCUCGGAAUUACGCUCUGUCGGUACAUGAUACCACUGUGUGAACAACACUGGGGCAUAGCCAGCUUAUCGAUCUUGCUCAUUUUCGGGUUUUCCAUCUUUCUGGCGAACGUCAAACUUCCCUUGCCUGGGUGCAGCAGGGAGAAGAAGUGUCACGUGACUCACUAUCCGAUAUUUCAGCUGAAUGCAGUGGUUCUAGCUAUCGGGGUGACUUGGUGUUUGUGUCAUGUGCUAACUGUCACAGAUGUGUUGUCCAGCAACUCCACUAGCCAUGGUCAUAUGGCCAGAACUGACGUCCGAACAAGCGUCCUCCACGAUGCUCCUUGGUGGUAUUUCCCACUGCCAUUUCAGUUCGGAACGCCGACCAUUAGCUCUUCUGGUUUUGCUGCCAUGUUAGUCAUCACCAUGGUUACCAUCAUCCAGGCACCAGGAUUUUACUCUGCAACAGCCACUGUAGUAGAGUUACCUCCCCCUCCUGCCCACGCCUUGAACAGAGGGAUUACAGUGGACGGAAUGACCAGUGCAAUCAGCGGCAUGUUGGGAGGGGUGUGUUCGAGCGUCGUGUACAUUCAGAGCCUCGGGGUGGUCACUGCGACAAAGGUUGCGAGUCGUAUGGUGUUUGUGUCAGCUGCCUUGAUUCUGAUGGUAGGAGGAGUUGUAGGCAAGGUUGGAGCGGUGUUCACAAUCAUCCCUGACCCUGUGGUGGGCGGGGUCAACUUGGUGGCAUUGAGCACAGUGACGGCAGUGGGCGUGUCCAUGUUGCACACAGUCGAUCUGUCUUCCUCCAGGAACCUGCUCAUCCUGGGGACAUCUGUCACACUGGGGAUCCUCCUCCCAGACUGGAUGGCCGCCAACGAAGACUCUAUCAACACAGGCAACGCGGAAUUUGAUCAAGUGCUGGUGGUGCUGCUGUCAACACCCAUGUUUUUGACCAUAUUCUUGGGCUGCAUCCUGGACAAUAUAGCUCCAGGUACACUUGAGGAGCGUGGCAUGGCGAAACCUGAUUUAACAGCACCACGUGACGCUCACGUAACGACUGAUGACCCGUACAGGUUGCCUUACGUCUCCACUUUCAUCGACAGGCUCAGGUGCUGUUCUUAUUUCCCAGUGUCCCCGACAUUCGACAAAGAAAUCACGUGUAAACAGUGUCACAAGGGGGGAGAAUAUGUCGAAGAAUAAAAUUUGAAUUGAAGUGACUUUUUUUCCGAAAGACGUAUUCUUGUACCUAAACCAUAACGACCAAAGAGGGAAGAUGAAGUUCCAUGAAGCACAAAAUACAUUUGUAACAGUUGACAAAUCAGUCGGUGAAAUAAACAUUGAUCCUUACGCUGACGUCGACAGAACUCGAACUUAUCUUAAGUCUUAUAAGUAUCCAAGUUCUCAACAGCAAAACGAUCAUUGCUUGACCUUUUAUCUCAUGAAAUGAAUACUUAUUUCAUCACAAUUAAAAAUCAAUGACUGCAACGUCCAAUCGUAACACUAUCAUGACGUCAUUGUCAUUGUGAUAUCAGCAUGUUAUACCAUUCGUAGUAAAUGAAUAUCUACAAGCACAUUUCCUUGGAAUCUGGCAGAUACUGGGUCCCUGUUUCCAAAAGCUCGUUUGUUGUAACAUAAACUACCUGGCAAAAGAGAGUAUUCACUUGAAAAGUGGGUUUGACGAAUACAGCCAUCGAAACAUUGCAAACUUUAAUUCUAACCCUAACCCAGAUACCCGUAUCAAAUACAUCACCAUCGACCUGGGUGUAUACUGUCUUGAUAUUGCAAAUUAAAGUGCUUACAUCGAUUUUUGAACAACUCCCUGCAAUCCAGUGUCAGAAAGAUAACGUCGACAUAGCGCCGGCCUAUAAGUGUCUCUCACAGAUAUACCGGUGGUGUUCCGCGUGAGCACCGAUCUACGCCAUUACAGUCAGUCACUAAUCUGCAUGGUAUCAGUGUACACAGUGGAGGGAGUUUGGUUGAACGCCGCUUUGAACAGUAUUUUAGUUAUUUCACAGGAUGAUGUGGAGGGAAAGUCGGUAUAAAACAUUUACAACUUUGGCCGUGGUGUCGAAAUGAUGAGAGUCGAUUGAACCCGAUAGGACACGUGAGAUACUGAGUUCUCAUGACCUUGACCCUUAGUCCUUGACUCCGAUGGUAGUGUGUUAUAGAAACAUGUGGAAUGUUCCAGUGGCGAGGGCACUGAGUAGAAAUUUCCAGUAUCUAGUUAGGCUGUUUUUUUUUAUAGUGGGACACGAACGUGGCUACACAUCUCUCACACAAUGUAUCUAAUGUUACUUAUAUAUUGUACUCUUGUACCAGGGUGGGUGUUUUUGUGUUAAUAAAUGAAUCUGAAUCUAACAGUUUGGGCAGUGGCCGUGUCUACAUUAUAGACUAUACUGACAGAGCAUCUCGACUGUUUGGUGUUUGGGAAAACGAUUAACCUUUGAAUUUGAGAAACCAUGAUCUAGAGACUUAUAGUCAGAAGUCAUAUUUGUGGUCACAUUGAUAUUAAUCAUGGAUAUUUAUAUAUUUUUAUCUUUGAAUUGAUAUAGUUAUUGUUAUAUAUAUAUGUAUCAUGUAAUACAUUAUCAAACAAAGUUUGCUAUCGUCUUCAAACAUGUAAGUUUGUUCUUUGAUUUGAACCUGAUCCCCCCUCAGAUGAGAAUGAAAUGACUAAGCCCACUUAACAACCCAUUCCCACAAGAUCUGAUAACAAGAAGUCACAAUGCGUGCAUUCCCACAUGACCUGAUGGGUUUUUGGUUUACACAUUAGAUCAAGUGGAAUAACACCGUCCCAGUGCGGUAACAUUUGACACUUACUCCGUUAGAGUCACGUGAAGAAACGUUGUGUUCCCAAUGUGCCUUUCGGCUGAAUGUUGUUUUAGUCACGGGUUGGUGGUGAGCUGACUAAAGUCUGUUUCAACUGAACUCAGAUCGCUCAGCCAGUAGGUCGUACUAUAAUUACGUGACAGAACAGUGGGUCGAACGUGGAAGCGUUCCAUGUGGAACCACUUCGACAACCACGUAGUGGGAAGGCAUUCCAAAAAUGUAAAAUUGUGAGCAAACCAAAUUCAACGGGAAAAUGCAAUGACUUGAUAAAGAAAGAACAAUCGAAUGUUGAAAUUACACUGUGACAGUUUCGGGCGGGCAGUUCCACCCGUCCGAGAGAGAAGAUGUGUCGUGCCAUGGAUGACCGCCUGAACGUCCUGAACACCCGUCUGCUGCGGGGAACAUUUCUGCCAUUGACCAUAGAGAUGCUGUUUCCCAUCUUGUUCGUGUACCAGUGCUAAAUAUGUCUGUGUGUGCUUUGCUGAUAUGAGUAAUCAAAGUAUUUUGUGAUGUUGGUCAGCUGGCUACUGAAUUUGUGAAUAAGAUAUGACUACUGAAUGAUAUGCAUGCCAUUUUAUAAUUAUUAGAUAUAAAAUAAUUGGACGAAUUAAUAAUGA